AUAUAAUUGCCCAUUUUCCUUCAAUUCAGCUCCCUGCUUUUUCCAACUCCUUCUCUCUAUCUCUCAACUCAACCAAUGGCUGCUAACUAUUCUUUCUCUUCUUCAUCACCAUCUUCUUCAAUCCCUUCUCCAAAAUCAAGCAUGUUUUAUUAUGGUGGAAGUGAAGAUUUCUAUGAUGAACCUCACUUCCUCCAAGCUUGUUAUCUUUGUAGAAAACCUCUUGGCCAAAACAAAGACAUCUUUAUGUACAGAGGGAACACACCAUUUUGUAGCAAUGAGUGCAGGCAAGAACAAAUAGAGAUUGAUGAGUCCAAAGAGAAAAGUUGGAAGAUUUCAACCAAAAGAGGUGUUAGAAAUUCUGAAACUAAUCAGAAUUCUUCAAACAAUAAGGCUGUAAGAUCAGAAUCAGUUGCAGUGGCCUAAAAUCACAUGACAUGAAUGGUGUGAAUGAAUGCAAAUUUUUGAAAAAAUUAUGAAGUGGAAAAUUAAGAGCAAUUAAUUUCCAUCAUCAAGAUUCUGAUAAAACAAGGAUGAAUCUUUGCUACCUCUUGUAAAAAAAAUUGUUGGAGUUUCAAGAGAGAUAGAAAGAAAAAAAACUCAACAAGGAAUUUUGGCUCUA